AUGAGUUGGAAAAAAAAAAAUACGCUAUCAGCUGCCAGCCCGGAGAAGGUGACCGUCCAGUGUGCACUGCCCACUGUGCUCACCUCCCGCCAGCCAGAGCCCAUGUGGCCUUCUUUUGGACAAACCUCGAAAACGUUUAUUAAAAAAAGAAAGACGACCCAGAGACACAGAGAAGAUGGUGGAGAUGUCCUGAAUCUCACUAGGGUACGUGCCAUUAGGGCUUUUGCGCUAAAGGAUGGACAUGUACUGGUUUCUGUGAACAAGCCAUUGUACCAUCAGACUGCAAUGCCAGUUUCCUCUACUGCAAACAGUGUUCUGUGA